AUGAGGUACGUUCGUCGCGUGAUGACAUCAUUCCGAAAUUCGAACCUGCGUGUAGAAUAAAACUAGAUGUGUCUACGUAACCCCACCAAAAACCCAACAAAGAGUACUUUCUUUCAAAAUCUAGGCCCCAAUGUUUACUGUCUACGUAGACGGAGACAAAAAUUGCGGUAUUGACACGCGAGUUGAUCUCUAACCUUACAGCCAGAUUACUGUAUCACACAAUUGCAGCGAGAUAGUCGCCACUUUACCACAAGGAACACAAGUCGUACUCGAAGCUCAGCUACUCACUUCCGAUGUCGAUCACACCAUCGAAGAGGUUCGGCAGGAGGUCCAACUGCAGCAGAAUGGAGGCCUGUCCUGCGGGGUAAGUUGUAUUCCCUCCGUUUUCGCUCUUUCCAAAAAUAACUCAUUUCUAAUCCUGUACUUUGGAAGACUGAGAAAAACGUCGGCUUUCGAAUGAACUUUUCAAUUUUCGAAAAAUGUUAUUACCACCUUUUGGCCUCAUGUUUUUGUGUUUUUGCUGAAACUGUAGCAGUCGAUGUUUUUCAUUUCAUUUGAUUCCAUUUCAAGCAAAAGCGACGGGUCAACAUGUCAACAAUUUUCAGGGUGCAUCGCGUUCAUCGAAUCGAACACUUUUCUGCCGCAAAUGCGAAGGACACGGCCAGCAGGUAGUGCUGAAGGGGCACGCGAGCCGCUGCCCCUACAACAAUUGCGCGUGCAAGACGUGCACGAAUGUGAUGUCGAUGCGCGCGAACGCCAUCAUCCGCAGAUAUCGGACGAGGACGCUCGAGGGCGGACUCGUCCUCAAGCCGGUCCACUUCAAGAACGGAAACACCCGGCUCCGCGUGUUCCCCAAACAUUUGGAUGGUUAGUUUUACACUUCGAACCUCGUCAUUUCAAAUUAUUCAGUUGUUUCAGAGAAAGACGCCGUCACCAUCAACUUUCCGCACAAAAACGGAAACGGCGUUCCGCAAAUGGACAUGGCAAUGGACAUCGGAGUGUACCACCAGCAGACGUCGCCGCCAGCCACGGCGAUCCCGGAUUCCGGCAACGCUCAGCCGCCGUUCCAGGUGAAACGCAGUCAAUCCGAUCAGGAGCUGGACAGAAAGACGUGCACUCCACUCGUCGAACGCAUCCAACCGCAGCAGUUGCUUCUGGAUCAUUCGCCGCCACCGGUGCCAGUGACCAAUGCACAGGUGCCUCUGAACAUGUUCCCCGAUUUCCAACUCCUCACUCCGGAAACGAUCACCGCCAUCAAGAACUUGUACACAAUCCAGCAACAGCAGACGGACUUCGUGGCCACGACUGCCGCCAACUCGAGCGUCUUCGACAGCGUCUUCGCCGCUCUUUCAAUGUCCAACGGAAUGGCGUACACGACGGCCAGUGACUGCGGCGGCCAGAUGAUGAUGGCCCCGCCGAUCACCACCACCGCCAACAUCAACUUCCAAAUUCCGACGGCGGAGGACGUCGAACGCAAACUUUCGUCCGGCGAGUCGUUCAUCAACCCGGCCGUCUCGCAGUUGAGCGAUCUCAACAUCGCCGUCACCACUAACAGUCCGAUUUGUGCGUCGGAUCUGGCGCCGAAGCUCACGCCGCACAUGUUUGAUAGUGAGUUGAUUUUUAAUGAAUUCGAGUUAGAAAUAGAAAGCGCGUUAUCAGUUGAGUUGGCAGUGAAUUGAUCUAUUUAUGGAAUGUGAAUCUAUCACUGAGGGAUCAGUGAGCAUUGAGCACUCAAUUGCAAGCAUUAGAACACAAUGAUUUUUGAUAAAUAUCAUAGAGAUAGAGGCUGAGCACUUUUUUGCUACCGUAAAUCCUCCGGUGUAUCUCAACUGUUUGUAGAGAUAUCAAAAAGUGGUCAACUGAUAAAAUGUACACAAUUUCUUGAUAAGCAGUUUAGUAGUUGACAACCUUUCCAUAUCUCUACAGGCAGCUGAGAUAUAUUGUUCUGUAUAAAUGGAUACCGUUCUAUCACAGCUUUUAAGUAUUGUCCAUGAUUUCAGCCGCCUGCUCGCUGACCGCCAGCGGAGAUCAAUCACCGCCGGAGAUCAAAAUGAAAGAGAUGAUGCACGAGGCGAUCGGCCUGCACAACCUGCUCAUCUCGGCAGAAGCGCCGUCCUCCACCCACCCCAACUUCAAAAUGUUCCUCGAAUGCGUGUGCAAUCUGGAGAGAGUCAUGCUGUCCCAAUAG